AGGUGGGUAGUGAAGCCAAAAAAUGUGCUUGAAGUAUUUUUAUUAUAUACUAUUGAAUCAUAUGCCUUCUUCUUCUAAAUUUGGGAAGAAUAAGUACUGGAAAAAAAAUCUACUCAAAUACUGAGUAAUACUGAGUAAUCGGUGACUGAUUUGCUUUAUCAGAGCUUGAACUUUUAAUGGACAAAAAAUGUACAAAAGAAAUGUGUAAUUUUUGAUAUUUCCCAGCUAUCUAACGACAAUGAUCAAUUAAAUCUUUAUAAUAAUGCACUACAUGAAUGAAACAGCGCAAUGUGCUCACCAGAUGAAGAUUACAAAAAAAUAGCAGGAAUACUGUAAAGUUGCUCAUCAAUACAGUCGCUGUUCUUUUUUUUUAAUUAACUUAUUUACGCUUUAUAUGAUCUGAUACGAAGUUUUCCCACCGCCCGGAAACACGUUUGAUGCGUUUACCGCGUUUGUCGACGUUAGCGCGGCGGGGCCGGCGAUCGAUUGAAACGACGGCGUUCCGAUCGGCGUCCGCGUAGAAGCGGGCGGCAGAUAUCGGCCCCCGAAGCGCCGCUAAUGCACAUAUUUUCCUCUCGAUUUUCAUCCUAUUAGAGGCUCGUGACCCUCCCCCUCCAUCCCCACUUUCUAUCUGGCGGCUUCGCCACCAACCCCAGAUUCCCCCCACCCCUCCCCGUCGCUCUCACGCACGUGCUCGCGCCCCCCCCACCCUCUCUUUGCGUACUCAGGGAAAACACACACAUCCAUGUGCACUCGUUGCACUCUUAUUCCCGCCCUCUCUUUCUGUCUCACGCGCAAACACACACACGAAGUGGCGCGUGCAGACGCGAGGCUGCGAGAACGUGAGGAAAAAGAGGGACUCGGAGAGACAACAGAGAGAGAGUGGAAAAAAGAGGGGAGACGACUUUGCGAUGCAAAGAGACGCGUGGCAGGAUGAAUGCAACACGGAUGGGUAAAUCGUUUUGUGUGCGCGUGUGUGUGUCACCUCCUAAGUGUUGGAAUAUUCCGUGCAAGGCAACGUUGGUUGUGGUUUCAGGAAGCGUGAUCUCUCAUUGUCAUUUGGUCUUUUGCAGCGUCGCGGCCGCAGCCCCGCGGAGACAAAAGGUUGCGGCGGCGGUUCCAUCCUCAGGUAAGCGGACGCACGACAGCGCAACGCAGCCGAGGCGAUCAAUACACCUGCCACCGGGCUCGCCAUCCGGCGUGCGGCGUCGGGGAAGAGGAGGCGGCUCCGAGCCGACGCGCUCGCCAACCUCCGAGGAAAAGUGCAAAUGAAAGGUGUGUCACGGGGAUGUCUGGACUGUCACUUCAGACCCGAGCGAAAAACGCCAGAGGAUCACAGAUCACAAUAUCAUCUGCGAACAUCAUCGUCCAAGGGGAUUCCAGCCUAACCUCGCCGGUCAGCCUAUCCAUAACUACCGCAAACAGGAAGGGGCUCAGCGCAGAUCCCUGAUGCAGUCCCACCUCCACCUUAAAUUCUUCUGACACACCUUUGCUACGUGUCGACGGAGGCCAACGUGCAGAGCAUGGACGACUGCUUCGAAACCCUGGACCGCCUCUUCAACUUCAACGCCAAAGUGAUCGAGGCCGGCAGAGUUGGGCUGGGCUACAAAGACCGGCUGAAGGACGUCAUGCAGGCGGCGAUUCGUCCCGUGAUGAACGAGCUUGGGGGGAAGACUAAUCCCGACACGGUGUACGAGAGCAAGCUGCAGACGGCGGCAGACAAUUUCAUCGCCGCAGCCUCCAAAGUGCCUCGAGCGACGAGAUGCGUCCCACCGUGCGGUUUCCAGACUCAAGAUGGCCAUUACGACUGUGAAAAAUGCAUAUACGAUUCCUGCAAUUUUCCUCUUGACUGCCCAGUGGAAAAACUACCAGUGGACGAGAACGACCCGACCCAAAUGUCGUGCGAUGUGUCGUUUCCUUUACCCGCCGAUGCCAAACUCCUCUGGAGUUGGAAGUUUGCGGAGCAGGUGGAAACUCGUCAGGUGGAGCUGUUUGAAGAAAUGACAAUCGGGGAGGACAAUCUCUACUCCAUCUCAUCCACCAAGACGCACCACCAGGGCACCUACCAGUGUGAGAUCUACUCGGGGAAGCUGUCCGUUGUCCGAAAGUACUACUAUCUCGCAGUGACCCCCCACGUGGUGGUCGGCCAUUCCGAGCUGCAGGAGACAUUCGAGCUGUCUCUGCUCCCGGGGGGGAGGUUACGAACCGGGUCUCCUGUCCCCUCCCCCCUCCCGCCGCGCGUCCUCAUCGGCAUCUGUUUUACGUCCCUGCUGCUGCUCCUCAUCUUCGCCUUGGGGGUUGUCUUGUCGUGGAAAAAGAGGGCCGCUGAACGCACAGGCAGAAAUGAAGAAUCGUGAUCCAGAAAGAUGCAAGUAAUCAAGCCCUGAAUAUAUAUAUAUUUAAAAAAAAAAAACACGGUUCAUUGUUUUCACCGCUAGAGGGCGAAAGAGACAAUGGUUGGUUAGCAGCGUCUCCUGGAAAAGAGGUCCGUCCAGCCAUCUUUUGAAAUUAUGUGUUGUGUUUUUGUUUUUGUGACACUUCAAAUUGAAAAAGAACAAAAACGAGAGUGGGAAAGGGAUUUUUACUACAAAAUUAUUAUUUUUUUUUACAUGUAACAACUAAAAUGUGCCGUGAGUGACACUGACUCAGCGUCGUCAAGUUGGCGUUCCUGAUUAAUUCCAGUUCUUUUUAUUCAGUGUAUUUACCGAUUAGAUGUUUUUAAUCUAAUUUUCAUUUUAUUCACACAAAAAUCUUUUUUUUAAUGUUUUUUUAGAACAGUGAUUCCCAAACAGUGUGCCGUGGGAAGUUAUCCAAUUGUAUGUAAUUGCUAAAAAUGUAUAUUCCAAGAAAUAAUGUGCCUUUAUUCAUCUAUUUAUGCCAGUGAGGCACAAUGACAGAACACAAAAAAAAAAUCCUCUUCUAUUAGAUGGCAGGAAGUACAUACAGUAAUUAAUCGAUCCAUUUUUGGUGACAUUUACUUUUGCUGGUGUGCCGCGGGAUUUUUCAAUUGUAAAAUAUGUGCCUUGGCUCUAUAAAGGUUGGAAAUCACUCUGAGAAAACUGGUGUCCUCGACCCUUGCGGGCAUUUAUUUAGCCACACGGGGGCAGUAGACGCGAAUCUCGUGCUCAUCAGCGUCAACUGGCAUUUUGAACCCUGUCGUAAUUUCUUUGUCGUUCAGGCUGUCGCGGCUUAUUUUCGGCCCAGUUUUAGAGGAACAAGGUGUUGUACUUUCCAAAGAUGACGAAGUGCGUGACAUCGGACAUUAAUGGAUAUUUAUUUGCAGACAUUCAUCACUAAGGAACAAAAGGCUUCGAUGAUGAAGCGCCUCACCCUAAACCCUCCAAAGUGUCAAACCGGCCUUUUGUGGCCACAGGUCAAGAAUGAUUUAUUUAAAUAAUACCCACUUACAUAGCUUGCAUGUUAUGGAUUCUGGUCACGAUGAAACCUUCAAACAACCCGAAGAACAUUACAUUUAUUUUGCUGAUGAAAAGAUAUAAGAGCAACGGUUAUUACAUUUUGUAAAUGGUAAUAACCAUAUUAUUACAUCACAACAUACGCAGUGAUCCGCAGAUGCCAGUACUGUAUUCCAAAAAUGAAGUAGUACAGUUCAUAUGUUUCAAAUUUUGAACAAUGUUUGCGGUUCUAAAAAAUGAGCAGGUUCAUAGCACCCCCACGCCCACCCACCACCUCCAUGUAGAUUGUCGAUUACGCUCGAAAUACUCGCAUUUUUAAUUUCAUCAUUGUCGCCACCCCUUCAGCCCACACUAGUAACCAGCCGAAGCGUUCAAGGUACAAUUUCAAAUAUUUGAGGAGAAACUUCUUGCUUCAAUAUAUAAAUAUAUGUAUAGAUUUUUUUAUGAUGAACUAAAAAAAAAAAAAAAACGGGACUUUUGUCCUUAACGCGCAAACAAGUGCGCAACACGGUGUGACAGGAACGAUUGUGGACGGACAAUGGGAACUGGAUUUCUCGCAGCUCUGGGUAACUAUCCAUCCAUUUUCUUUGCCGCUUAUCCUCACGGGGAGUGCUGGAGCCCAUCCCAGCUGUCAACGGGCAGGAGGUGGGGUACACUCACAAUCACACCGAGGGGCAAUUUAGUGUGCCCAAUUAAUGUUGCAUGUUUUUUGGAGAUUUGCAUAUAUUAGCAAAAUAUUUGAUCAAUUAUAAUUCCUUAUUUCUACUGUGUGUUCCUAAAGCAUUCUGCUGGAAAUAAUGUUUUUUUUUUCCAAUAAUAUGUAUGGGCAAAUGGAGCGUUUUCACCCCGACAUUGGAAUUUCUCAAAUAGUGCGCGUUCGGACGGGGCUUUGACCUGGAAGCUGCCAGCACUCUUGAAAAAAAUGAAAAUAAACUUUCGUCCGAAAAGACGCCAGAACGAGCGCCUCCUCCGUAAUGUUCAUGAGGCAGAGAUGAACAAAAUUUAAUCAAAUAAUUUCACUUUCAAUUCAUUUAAGUUGGAAGUUACUCCUUAUCAUUUGUUUCAUCCUUUUCUAAAAGUGCUUUGAUAAAAUUGUCCCGCCAGGCCACCGUACUUGCGUCCCACGUGUCGUGUCCCUCCAACUCGCCCGCUUCCGGUGAAGGAUGUAGCGACGUCCUGUGUUUGGAAUCGAUAGAAAGUUGCGAGCACAUUAACUUUACCACAAUUGUGGUUAUUACACAUUUAUAACACGAUCGUAAGUUUGUAAGUAAGCGCCCGCCUUCUUGUUUGGAGUUUGUAUCUUCUCCCCGUGCUUUUUUUUUGGGGGGGGGUGAUCUUUGACUUCCUCCUACAUCGCAUAUAUACGCACGUUGGUUUUAUUGAAGACCCAAAAUUGUCCGAACAUGAUCGGCCUUGCACUCCGUCGCUCACCCAAAAUCACCUGCGGUAGGCUGCAGCCCACCCGUGACCCUGAUGAGGAUAACCACGAUAGAAAACGGAUGUAUAAAGCUGCAUCAAUGGAGCAGUUAAGAGGAUGACAUUGGGCGUUCGGCCCUUUUGAUUUUGCCUUGACGACACGGCUGCGUCAUCGCCGUUCCGUUGGCAAAUUUCGCCUUUUAUCUUUUCUCGGGAGCUCGCGUCGAUCGUUGCGCCAUCGAGUAUUUCACACUAAACUGUUGUUUGCCCCGGAAAACAGCAACAACAAAAACUCAGCUGCUCUACAUUUGCGGUUCUAAAUCGGUUGCACAUUUUCUUCUUUUUGAUGAGUCGCGAGCUGUUGAGCAAAGCUUUGACGCUACUGGCGGAGGUUGAAACCGAAGCCUCCGCCGCAAAAGGGAACGAGCGCUUCAUCAAUCAUCCCUUAAUUAGCAUAAUAUGCCGUCAUUUCCGGCCUAUAAACCGUGACUUUUUUCACACGCUAUCAACCCUGCGGUUUAUGCAUCGAUGCGGCUAGUUUGUGCAUUUUUUUAAUGGCCGCGAGGGGGCACUCGAGCAGAAAAGGCAAGAGUGAGACCGGUGGAAUAUAUGUGCCGGGGAAGUGACUUUUACCGGUCUGGCCCUGUUAGCACUGCGCUAACGUGUUAGUGCCGUGUCUGAAGUGAUUUUUACCGGUAUGUUGUUUUUUUUUAAACCGAUUAGCUUGGCGCUAGCGUAAAAUUCUCUGCGUACCGUCUUUCUUUGUAAAUAUCUCGUUUGAAUGUGGGCACUUGCGACUUUUACACAACUGCGGCGUACGUAUGUACCAAAUGGUAUUUCCUUUACAAAUGUAAUGGGUGGGGCUUAUAACCAGGUGCGCUUUGAGGGCCGGAAAUUACGGUACUCUGAUUCUGAUUUUGUGUCGACACUCCGAUUAGCAUUUAUUACAACAACCGUCAUUGAGGCAUUACAGCAUAGCGUAUCAAUCCGCAGAUUUCGCAUGUCAUUGUCAUCACAGGUCACAUUCUAGAUGUGCGCUUAUUAUAAUGUUGAAUCUUAUCUAUAAUCGGUUAUAAAAUCUAAUAAGAGCGCCGCAGCUUGCCAAGAUCCUGGUUGUGUACACACGUAGCCUGCGUUUAAGUUCACUGAGUGCAGUAAUGGGACAAAAUGCAAAAUAAACUGCUUGUGUUUUGCCUAAACAUGAACACAUCUCGUAUUUUUUCAUAUUUCACAUUCUUGUUGCUAUGUUGUUCCUUUUUCUGUUCUGUAUGUUAUACCAGGGCCGCACCGACUGCCGGAGAAAAAUUCCUUGUGUGCCAUUAAAUAUGAUUCUGAUUCUGAUUUCAAAUUCAGCCUUUGAACGGUUCCCCUUUGAAGUAAUCCCUUUUGGAGUCUAACGCACUUUCCCGGUCUUCUCGA